AUGAAGGACGACGUGCGCAGGCUCCUAUGCGUGGACCAUCUCCCGCUCCUCACGCACCAGCUGGCAGCGCCAUCCAGCCGAGCCCACGUGGCGAUUCCGGCGGCGACGCGCGAGGACAACACGCUGCCGACGAACGGGCUGCUGCAUGGACCGUACCGUAAACACACGCUCGACCAACGAAGCCGUGGCAAGCUCGAGCUGGAAGCAUGCUACGUUGGCACGGAGCUCCACACGUCGAUGCCCAACAAGGGCGCGCUGGUCGGCAACGUGUACGACGAGAUCCCGGACGAGUCGGACGAGCUCGUGUACGAUGCGCUCGAGAAGGCGUACAAUGCAGCAUUCACGAUGAGCUCGACAGAGAAGCUCGAGCGCGAGCGCAAGAUCCACGUCUGCAUGAACGAUACCUCGUUCGUGCACGCGAAACCGGCGGCACCGAGCCACGCGACGUCGCCCUUCGACACGAUUGACACGUGGCGCGACGCGCUCUUGGAAGGGCGAAAGCGAGCGAUCUUUGCCGUCACGAAGCGCCAUGCCCUUCGUGACAUUGACGCAUACAAGGUGCGUGCCAGCUUCUCCUGGCCUCGCUCCAAGCGCAACGCGACGAGUACCAUACCUUUCCAAUCGAGUUGUUUUGCUCACCCUUCUUCGUAA